ACGUGACCAAGCCGACAGCGUAAAAAGAACAGGCUGUGAUUCGCGGGAAAAAGAAAAAAAUGGCCGCUGAGAGAGUUUGAAGUUCAGUGCCGCGAAACAGAAACAGGAGAACCAGACGGAGACUAAGGAUAGAGCGGACCCAGAGACUUUCUGAGCCGGUACCGAACCCCUGACUGUAUCACGGCCACCGGACCCUGAGCGGCUCGCAUAGGACCGGGAAGAGGACAGACCGUGACCGCUUCAGUGGAGGAAGCAGACUGAAUCCUUCAGGAGCCUGGAGACUCAGGUGUCUCACCUGUCUGUCAGCAGGAUGUUUGAGGAUCUAACCGAAUCCUUCUGCAGUCUGGAGCCUCAGGUGUAUCCAGGGGGCGGGGCUUGCCACAGCACCGGAGUCCUAGAGGACGAUGAGGGGGCGGAGCCUCACCUGAGCGAGGGUCAGUUUGUUCUCUGCCGUUGGUCCGAUGGUCUCUACUAUGUGGGAAAGAUCCAGAAGGUGAGCCCUCAAAGGCAGAGCUGCUUCGUCACAUUUGAGGACAACUCCAAGUUCUGGGUCCUUUGGAAGGAUAUACAACACGCUGGAAUCCCAGGGGAGGAGCCUCGCUGCUCUGUAUGCCAGGGGGCGGAGCCUAAUUCCGGCAGCCAAUUGGAGCCGAACAAUGGCAUCCUGAUCUGUGGAAAGUGUGGCAUUGGUUUCCACCAGCUGUGCCAUGUUCCUCCAGUAGAGGGCAGCGCCACCGAGCUCAGCCCCUGGUUCUGCAGGCGCUGUGUCUUCGCUCUGGCUGUCCGGAAGGGGGGCGCCCUGAGGAAGGGUCCGAUAGCUAAGGCACUGUGGGCGAUGAAGCAGGUUCUGCCGUACGAUCUGGCAGCGUUGAACUGGGACUCUCAGCAUCGGACCAAUCAGCAGCAUUGUUACUGCUACUGCGGCGGGCCUGGAGAGUGGUACCUGAAGAUGCUGCAGUGCUUCAGGUGUCAGCAGUGGUUCCAUGAGGCCUGCACCCAGAGCCUGCAGGACGCCAUGAUGUUCGGGGACAGGUUCUAUCUGUUCCUGUGCGCCGUGUGUAACAGAGGAAGUGAGUACGUGCGCCGUCUGUCUCUGCGCUGGGUGGACGUCGUCCACUUGGCGCUCUACAACCUGUCCAUCAGCAGCAAGAAGAAAUACUUUGAGCUGGACGAGAUUCUGGCCUUCGUCUCCGCUAACUGGGAUCAUCUGCAGCUGGGAAAGCUGUCCAACAGUCCUCCAGCAGAAAGGGGGCAGCACCUGCUGGACGCCCUGAACAAGUACAAGAGCAAGUUUCUGUGUGGGAAGGAGAUGAAGAAGAGGAAAUGCAUCUUCUGCCUGAGGACCCGCGUCCCCCCCAGCCCCCCCUCCAAGCUGUUUCCUGAGCGCGCUCAGAGCGACGCUGGGCGGGGCUCCAAGAAGCCCGCCACCAGUGUUCUGGCUGAGAGGAAGAAGAAGAAGUCCAAAUGGUUGCUUGAGGACGCCAUUCCCACCAGCGAGCUGAGCUGCAGCUGGACCUCCAAGAUGGCCACCAUCUUUGACUUCUCACUGGAUGAGCUGCGGAGCCGCCAGAGCAGCUCCCGGAGCGUCAGCGUCAACUGGGACUCUGGAUCCGGCUCCUCUCGCUGCAGGAGCAGAGUGGGCAGCAGGAAGAGGAAGUUGCCUAGCAACAGCUACAGCCAGUGGGCCAAUCGCAGCGAGGUGUGGGAUGAGCCGUCUGAUGACCCCACCCACUUGACCUCUGAGCCCUCCUGCUUCCUGUCUGACUCCGCCCACAUCACCUCUGACUCCUCCAUUCUUCACUCCUCCAUAUCCUCGUACUUUGGCGCAGCGGGCCGGCUGACCAACGGCGAGCGGUACCAGGUUCUGGCCCGCCGGGUCACACGUCAAGGGACGGUCCAGUACCUGCUGGAGUGGGAGGGGUCAACACCUUAUUAGGAGGCCGAGGCGUGGGAGGAGCUCUGACCUGAUUGGUCCUCUCCUGUCCAGGGGAUGAGUCAGAGCCGACCUGUGACCUUUACAGGCAGUAUUUAGCCUACCAGGUGUUCUAGGCAACCAAAGACUGUAGUUCCUUCUUAUGCCUCUAGGUGGAGCUCUCCUCCACAGCUUCUUAUCUGUUAAACAGAGUUGUAUCUUCAAGGCCCCCAAGCUGUUAAACAGAAGCACCUGGGUCGCAUGUUUACAAGCACCGCCCCUUUGCUGUUACUGAAGUCUGAUUGGUCCGAGUUGCACUGUGGGCCAAUCAGAAUCUAUGCAAACACCCAGCUGAUCAUCAGCAACAGUUAGCUCCAAGCUAACACUGCCCAUUGAUGUGAAUGAGGAAUGCUAGCAAAAUCUGAGAUGUUAAACUGUCACUCUGUCACUUUAAAUGCUGCCAUGGUAACCCCGCCCCCCUGCUCCUAUUGGCCUGGUGGAUGGCUGUUUUGAUCAUGUGACGGUUCAACCAUUCACAAUAAAGUUAUCUGACCUUUGA